ACUACUAUUGUUAUUUUCAUAACCUAUAUUGAUCAAGCUGUGACCUAACAGCUUCUUUUUCCAUCUCUCUCUCCUCCCUCUUGACCUCCAUUACAACAUAUUUCCAUCUCCUUCUCUUCCAUAUCCAAAACCAAUCUUUCUGACUUUACGAACUGUUUUUGCAUAUCUCUGUAUCCGGCCACCAUCUUUUUUUGGAAAAUAAUCUAUCCUCCCUUUUUCUUCAUUUUUCCAUCUAAAUCUUGAUUCUCCUCACUUCCAACUCUUCCUCGCAAACCCUAACUCCUUAAACCUAAAAACACAUUAUAUAUUAUCCUCAUUUGUUAUUUUCAGCUCUAUCAAAGCAUAUUAUUCUUUUGAGCUUCACCUCAUACGAUUUAAUUUUUCUAUCCAUUGUUUCUUCAAAAAUUGUAGUAUGGAUCCUAAUUUUGCCCUAAUAAAAGACGAGUUUCCUGGAUCUAGUGAGCCUUCUUCUUUUAUGUGGAUUCCUCAACCAAUGGAGGGGCUUCAUGAGAAUGGGCCUCCACCAUUUCUAACAAAGACUUAUGAACUUGUGGAUGAUGCAAACACUAAUGAUAUUGUUUCUUGGAGUAGAGGUAAUAACAGUUUCAUUGUUUGGGAUCCUCAAACCUUUGCUAUGAAUCUUCUUCCAAGGUAUUUCAAGCAUAGCAAUUUCUCAAGCUUUGUCAGGCAGCUCAAUACUUAUGGAUUUAGGAAGGUGAAUCCAGACCAAUGGGAGUUUGCUAAUGAAGGUUUCUUGAGGGGGCAAAGGCAUCUCUUGAAAGCAAUUAGGAGGAGAAAGACAAGUAAUUUCCAUCCUGGCCAAGCCUCAAAUCAAGGUAUAGACUCUUAUAUUGAAUUGGGAAAGCUUGAAUUAGAUGGAGAAAUUGAUCGAUUAAGGCGCGAGAAGCAGGUUUUGAUGAUGGAACUGGUGAAGCUUAGACAACAGCAGCAGACUACUAAAUCAUACAUUAAAGCAAUGGAAGAAAAGCUUAAAAGGACAGAACAAAAACAGCAACAAAUGAUGAAUUUCAUGGCUAAAGCAAUACAAAAUCCAAGAUUUUUGGAGCAGAUGAUGCAGCAAAAGGAAAGAAGGAAAGAACAAAUAGAGGAUGAAAUUAGGAAGAAGAGAAGGAGGCCAAUUGAUCAAGGUCAUAGAAAUAAUGUUGGAGUUAUAGAAUUAGGCCAUUCUGUGAAUGAUGGAAAUCAUAAUAUAAAGCAAGAACCUCAAGAAUAUUAUGGUGAAAUUUAUGGAUUUGAUGAUUUUGAAUUGGAGAGACUUGCUGUGAGUAUGCAAGGACAAAGUGGGAACACAAUCAGUAUUGAAGACUACACCAUUGAGAAAGAAGAUAUUGGAGAAUUAGAAAGUCAUGAGAAUAAAGCAAUUGAUGAAGGAUUUUGGGAGGAUUUGUUGGAUGAAAAUGUUGAAGAUGAUAUCACUUUACUUGGUAUUGAAGAAGAAGAUGAAGAUGUGGAUGUUUUGGCUCAGCAGCUUGGGUUUUUGGGUUCUACACCAAAGUAAAGAGCUUGG